AAAGUUCGUUUGGGAACAGGUCUCUCUCUCUGCCCAACUCACAGGAAGCCUACUGUAGACCUAGUCUGAACAAAGCACGAGGUAGACUAGCCACAGAGUCAUCGGACCAUCCCCCUGCGAGCCCACAAACAGACCAGUCUGCGUUCUAGAAAACCCUCUCACUCAAGCAGCAGCAGCAGCGGUACUGGCAGUACAAUCACGGCCCCUCCUUCAAUCUCCACAGGCAAACUCCGUUUUCACACCGGCUGCCUACUCCAGGCAUGGCUGACGGCUGUACCCAGUCAUGGCACUGCGACAUUACACCCUCGACUUCAACCUCUCAGCGCCAGCUGACUGUCCUUCAACUGUGCGUGGGCUGCAGUCUAUAUUUCAAGAGCAGGAAAUGACAGAGACUGUCCAUGACACUGAGGGACAUGGAUACCUUGCUACCUUCAUUGGCAAGAAUGGCAGGUUGGUUAUUCUGCGUGUGCACUCCCAAGGUCUGGUUACCGUUGAUCUGCAGUGUUGUGAAGGAGAUAACAUUGCACAAAUAGAUAAUCUUUUGAAUGCACUGGAAAAGAAGCUAAAAAGUCUCCUACAUGGAAACAUUAGGAGGGUCAAGAGGCUCCCAGCUCUGACACGAGGUGCAGCUGUUGAUCGAUACUGGCCCACAGCAGACGGCAGACUGGUGGAGUAUGACAUCGAUCGGGUUGUAUACGAUGAGGACUCUGCAUACCAGAACAUAAAGAUCUUGCACUCACAGCAGUUUGGCAAUAUCCUGAUCCUCAAUGGAGAUGUUAAUCUGGCAGAGAGUGACCUGCCCUACACCCAGGCCAUCAUGGGCAGAGGGAAAGAGAACUAUACAGGAAAAGAGGUGCUGAUCUUAGGAGGCGGUGAUGGAGGAAUCCUCGCUGAGGCCGUCAAACUCAAGCCAAAGAUGAUCACCAUGGUGGAGAUCGACCAAAUGGUGAUUGAUGGGUGCAGGACGCACAUGAGGAAGGCUUGUGGAAGUGUUCUGGACAACCUGAAGGGAGACUGUUACCAGGUGUUGGUGGAGGACUGUGUUCCGGUUCUGAAAAAGUAUGUUGAGGAAGGGAAGACGUUUGAUUACGUCAUCAAUGAUCUCACAGCAGUUCCAAUCUCCACAGCGCCAGAGGAAGACUCUACAUGGGAGUUCCUACAGCUUAUCUUGGAUCUUUCAAUCAAAGUACUGCGUCCUACUGGGAAGUACUUCACACAGGGAAACUGUGCAAAUCUGACUGAGGCACUGGCUCUCUAUGAGGAACAGCUGGGAAGGCUCUCAUGUCCUGUGGACUUUUCGAAGGAGGUGGUGUGUGUGCCCUCUUAUAUGGAACUGUGGGUUUUCUACACCGUUUGGAAGAAGUAAAGAGCUCCCUCUCUCCCCUUCAAGCCCUGCCUGCCGGAAUGUGAAAACUGUCCCCCCCCCCCAUGAUCCGCUAUCGCACUGAGGGGAGAUAUGACCCCCCCCCCCCCAAAAAAAAUUUUCUCUACUCACACUGUUUAUUAUUUUUUUUAUCCUUCCAUGUCCAACUCUCAAACUCUUUUUAGAUGUUGGUUUUAUAAUUUUAGGUCUAAACUUGCAAGAGAUUGUAUUUCUGUUAAUUGGAUAUUUUGAGUUGGGCUGUUUUUGCGUGUGCCCUCCAGGGAGCGCUGUGGGGCUGCUACCACUGGAUACACUGAAACCUACUGUAGAGGAUGACUCAGAAUUUCAGCAUUGCUAUAGCUGGUCCCAGACUUGUCUGGGCUUUAGACUUCUCUGACUAUAGCCUGGGCCCAGACCUGUCUGGGCUUUAGACUUCUCUGACUAUAGCCUGGUCCCAGACCUGUCUGGGCUUUAGACUUCUCUGACUAUAGCCUGGUCCCAGACCUGUCUGGGCUUUAGACUUCUCUGACUAUAGCCUGGUCCCAGACCUGUCUGGGCUUUAGACUUCUCUGACUAUUGUUGUCAUACCAUACAUGUUACAUGUCUUAUACAUGUUUGAAAGGGCAACAAUACUCCUGAGGAGUUGCCUAAAGCUCAUAGAGAUCUGGGACCAGGCAAGUAUUGACACACACUUUAUGCACCUGUCCCUCUGGGUUACUUUUCAAAUUUGGGUUUUAAAAGCAGCACCAACAUACAAUAGCUUUUGGGUUCUGAUUGCGUGAUAGAAUAUGUGCUCACCAUAGUUUCAACUGAAUGUCUUGUUUGUGUGAUUGUUUUUCCUCUUCUGUUGUAACUGUGGCUUGAGUGUGAUUUUUGAUUACAGGUGCUUUUCAAGAUGUUGAAAAGGCAGUGUGACCCUGCCCAUCGAGGCUGAAGUGUCCAAACGUGUUUUUAAAAGGGAAAAGGGUCCUCCUUUGUGGCGGUUUCUUGCUUGUAAUGCUUUAUUUUUUACAUACUUUGUUUAAACAUUUUCUAAAAUUCUGUUUGGUGCAUGUGCUGGAAAAUGAAAGUUUUAUUGAAUGUAGCUUACCAUAUACACAGUGCACAUUCAUGCCUUUGAUCAUUAUUGUGGUGCUUUGUUAAAUGUAUUUAUUGGAUAUUAUUUCACCAAAUGCUGUUUUAUCCCACUGGAAAAAAAUUAAUGUUGUUCAGCAGUGACUACCUGCUAUUAAAACGAGUUGGAGAAAAAAAA